AUGAAUCGUUUUCCUCCUCUGGCAGAUGCCAAGGGCGAAAAGCUCUUCAAGCUUGCCAAAGAUCUCUACGCUCAAGGCCAUCACAUCAAGGCCUUGGAGGCCAUCCUAGCUUUGUCUUUCCUCAAAGGGAAUGACAAGAAUCCUGUAGCUUACCUCCAGGGUACUAUCUUCAGGGACCUCGCUGGAAAAACAGAGAACCCCAAUCUGAAAUUCACCUACUUGCUUUGUUCCGUUGAGAUCUUUACCGCAUGCAAGCCUUUCUCAGGGGUUGCUGCAUUGUCACUCUUCAACUUGGCUCAGCAGCUUGAAUCCAAGCUCUAUUACAAGAAAUCCCUGGCUCAAGCUAACCAGAUCGUUGGCGCUGUUAAAAACUUAGAGUCUCUGAGGCAUGUUAUCGAGACUGCAGAGUCAAAGCUCGCUCAGUUCAAGAAUGGAACUUAUCUCGUCGAGGACUCCGAUAACUCAGAAGAUAUGGUUGAGUCGGAGGAAAAUGAAGAGACUACCAAGACUGAGUCUGACUUUGUUAGAGGACUCAAGUCGUACUGGUCAGGGCUGAGUGUUGACAAAAGAAGAAACUUUGUGAAAGUAAGCAUUGCGGAUUUUACAAGUUAUGUCCAGAGAUUAUAUGGCACAGAGGGACGAGUUGCUUUGGAGAAAGUACUGGGUUCCGUUAGAAAAGACAAAAGAUGGAGGCUUUGGGUAUGUCGAUCUUGUUCGAAAGAGUUCUCUAGUGCUGAAGAAUGUAGGAAUCAUCUCGAACGAGAACAUGGUGCAGGGUUUCAUCCUAAUGUAGCAAUGGCUCUAGCUCAAAGGAUAAGUGAAUCCUGGGGUUGUAUGAUAUCUGAUGGAGGUUGGGAACCCCUGGAUACUGUAUCUGCUGUCGAAAUGAUCAAGACUCGUCUACAAGAUAUGAAAGCGUUUGUAUAUGAGAAGGGGUGGUCCAAAGAUUUGCCUUUUGCUGCGGAUGAAGAGCGCAGAAAGCUACUCCAGGAGAUUCGGUUUCUACUUGUGACGUUUCGUGACUGUAACAUUCUCUCACGUAGCGUUAUAGCCUGGGUGAAAUAUUUGGUGGUUAGCCAUUUUGAGAAACUUCAAGUUUUCAAACAUAGUCUUGCCGAGUGCGGCCUAGUGGACACACCUCAAAGUAUCUGCUUUUUGGAACGUCAUGAACUCAAUCAGUUCCUGGACCUUCUCAAGCGCAUCAAGUGUGAAAGGGAUGAUGGUACUGAACUUGUCUGCAGAGCGGUGGAUAGUGUCUACAAUGGUACUCGAGUUAAAGAGAAGAUCGACUUUGACAUGAAGUUUUCAUCUCUGCUUUUGGAUAAGAGACUGCUGCAAUGCGAGAUUGCUCAGUUCGAUGAGGAAGGGGCAAUCAGUUUCCUAAAUGCCAGUGCUCACUACGCCAAGGCAAACGCUGGUGGCGACGAUAUCAUAUUCUGGUUGACAGAAAAGUCUUCAGGAGAUGAGAAAUUCAAAUUUCCCAGACCUAUUAGAGCACACAAUCUUGAUGUUUGGUUGGCAGUUCUGGGAGCCGUUCAGUUCACAUGUAGGACUAUGGGAACUCAAUACUACGCAAAGAAGCUCAGGGUCGGAGAUUUUACUGAAGUUCUCGUUGGCGCCAAGAACUUGUGCAUAGGCGAAGAUGAAAGGAGAAGGAGUACUCCGGAUGGUCAAAAGAAGACAUAUGCUUCUCUUCUAUGCGAUGAAUGUGAAAAGAAGCAUCUAAUGACAGACUCCAGUAAUUCUCUUGCGACAAGACUGUACUGUAGUGCAGUAGUAGAUGUUCUCAAAGGAGAAUUGCAUCCGAAAUUUGGUCUCCCCGAGUUAGAAGAUUGCCUGAAUGUUAUACGUGAUCAUAGAGAUGUCAGUGAUGAUGUGGUGUUGAGUUCCAUAGACCACCUGAAAUCAAUGAUGACCAAUAAGGUUCCUCUAAUUGAUUCUAAGAUCUUUCUGGUUGAAAACUCAAUGAUCAAUUUGCUCAACGACCUUGUCAGACUUUCUGUUUUUGACUACCGCUCUUACAUCCUUCCUCUGCUGAAAGACUUUAUGCUGGAAGAGUUAGCAGCAAUACAGGCGCUGAAACUUUUAUCCGAGAACAAUCAAGACAAAGAGAAGAAUUCGGGGUCAAAGAAGAAGAGACGCAGAAACAAAAAGAGAACUUCAACAAGCAUGCCUGGAGUUCUUGAUCAGAAUGUCGAACAUGUUACUUCUCCAUCACCCAAACCGGGGGAAGAAGAUUCUAUGGAACACGAUCAAGAGGAAGCUGCUAAAGAUAUGCAAAAUAUGCCUGAAGAAGAGUCACCGUCGAAACAUUUGGAGCCAGCACAUGCAGAAGGUCCACCCAUAUAUAAUUCAGCUCUUGCCAUGACGCUGAAGGCUCUUUGUCACAUUCUUAAAGAGUAUUUGCUGCAAAAUCGUAAUCAAAUUUAUGACCACCGAGAAGAACGAGUUCCUUGUGCAAUAGGAAAUUUCUUUACUGCGUUUGUCUCGAAGCAAAUGAAAGAGGGAGUCUACAGUUGCCUCUUGAGCGACUUACUUGCUUCCAUAGAAGAAGUUUAUUCCAUGACAAGUUAUGCCGCUGAGCUACUCGUAUCCAUCCUUGAGUUUUGGCCUUGCUGGAAAUGUCCAGAAAUAGAAAGCGUGGUCACUCAUAUUUUUACACUGGAGGAAUAUGAACGAAUGAGUUGUAGCAAAUGCAAAAAGAAGCCAAAUUAUCCAGAGCAAAGUUCUUAUGGAAUCGUCAUGGCUGCAGAUUCAAUCAGAAACCUGAAGUGUGCUUUUGGAAAUAUAAAGUUUGAGGACAUCCUUAAAAUGAUUCGCAUGGAAGAUGAAAUGUUAUGUGACAUUAAAACAGGAGGCUGUGGAAAGGCAAACUUUGUUCAUCACAUUAUUAGUAGAUGCCCGCCUAUAUUCACAGUCGUGCUGGAAUGGGAGAAAGAUGAAACGGAAAAGGAGAUAUCUGAAACAACAAAGGCUUUGGACUGGGAGAUAGAUAUGAGCAGGCUAUACGAAGGCUUAGAACCAAGCACAAAAUACCGGCUUGUGUCAAUGGUUGGUUGUGGGGAAGAAGAAGAAUACAUAUGCCUAGCUUAUAAAAAGAACCGAUGGGUCAGUUUCAGUCAUGGAGCUUCAGCAAAAGAGGUUGUUGGUAACUGGAAGAGUGUGGUCAGAUUCUGUGAAGAAAGGAAGGUUCGGCCAGAGAUUUUGUUUUAUGAAGCUUUUGCAAAGGCCUAA